AUGGAGGGCAAAGAAUUGGCUGUGGUUCAAUAUGUGUUUGCUAUCGAUAUUGCUGUGAUGGUGAUGCAGGCUGAACUUCACUUGUAUUGCUGCAAUGUCGUAAUCCUGUCGCCGGGCCAUUCGCAGAUUGCUUCGAAUAGCUAA